AAAAUCUCCGUGAAAACAGCUGUUGUGGCAAACGGAGUUUACUUACCUCUAAAGGAUGUUUACUAUAGUCAUUUACCACAUCGCAAAGCUGUAAGGAGAACGAGAGAUGAACGCGAGGAAAGCGAGUGAUUGCAGGAGGUCUUGAUAGGUCAGAGGUGGUGUUAUUACACAACGUCAUCUCUGUGUCCCUAUAAAGGGACAAGCCAUCUGUGGGACAUCACAAACUCAGCCCAAUUCUUUCGAGGACUGCGAAGAGGGAAAAAAACGACAAGAUGAAAUUGUACUUGGCUGCAGCCGUGCUGAUGCUUGUACUUGCUGUACACACAGCAGAGGCCCAGGAGGAGCCCACACUGGAGCAGCAUUUCACAAAAUUUGGGACCCAGAUGAAGGAGAUUGCAGAGGACCUGGCAGAUAAGACCAAAACCGCCUUCCAGAACAUUGAACAGAGCGAGCUUGGUACCAAAACCAGGAACUGGUUUAACGAUCAAUAUGAGAAGCUGAAGCAAAAGAUGACUGAAACCUUCAAUUAAAAAAAAUGAAAAAUCAAGCCCCAUUUACCUUACACCCCCAAUUACCUUGUGUUUUGUGAUAUCACCUCAAAACUGUUGAGCCGACUGGCACAUUUGUUACAGACCAAUACAAAGUCACACUGUGAUGAUCUGCUUGUCAUUUGUGUAAUGUGUAAAAUAGUUAAUUUUGUGGGAUGCUGUAAAAUAAGAAAAAAUGAGAUAAAAAAUACAUGCAGAUUUUCCUUUUCAAAAGAAUAAACAGUGGAAAAAUAACC